AUGACAGGUCUGGCUUGUUCCGAUUUGAUGUUUCUGACGCUUUGCGUUCCAUUCACCGCCAUUGAUUACGCUUCACCGGUCUGGUUAUUUCCACGUUGGAUGUGCUCCAUGAUUAACUAUCUGCAGCACUCAGCGGCAUACUUCUCUGUAUGGACUUUGACACUGAUGGCGCUUGAUCGCUUCUUAGCCGUAUGCUUCCCGGUGAAUAGUAUGACGUUAAGGAAUACGGUAAAUACCGUUAUCACAAUUUCCAUCGUGUACGCAUUUAUACUUAUCAGUCAAAUACCGAUCGCCAGCAUACACGAUAUCUAUACCUAUGAUUUUAUAAUUGAAACG